AUGGACUAUUGUGCAGUUGUCGGGGCUAACACGUCGGGGACGCGCGCUCUCCUCGCCCGAGAAGAACCCACGUGCUAUCUCCCCGACCGGUCAUGCCCCGGGCGAAGGCGAUGCGCCCUCGGUGCUGUGGGAAUCGCGUUCGUGGGCCGAGCGAAAUCCACCACCGAGUCGAAUGCAAGCGCGGUCGGCCGCGAAAAUCGAGAUGCCUAUAUUCGUGUACCGUUCGCUCUCGCCGGCCGGUCUAGAUGUCCACGUCACUGGAUCGAAUUAGCCCGGACGGGCGGGCCGUCCGUGGCAAACGUUUUUCUAAGCCGAUGUUGCAAUUGUAACGGUGCCCGUGUGUCGGCCGCGUCCGGCGUCAGCUGCCAGCCCGGCCCGACGGAUAGACAAGUAAAUAGAGCCGGCCUAAUCGUCGCGUCCAGCGAGGGAAACGACGAAUUACUCCGUCACACCGCUCCCAACAAUUGCUUUGUUAUCGGCGAUAGACGUCCGAGAGAGACGACG